CUCGAGGAGCUCAGCCGCGAGCGACCGGAGCCAGGCGCCGUAGAGGUUGGGACUGCGAAGGAUGCGGCGAUAACAGGCUGCGGAGAUAUUAUUGCGGACCACGAGGAGGAUGUGGGCGGCGGGAGUGGCGUCUGCGAGAAGAGCACCCCCGUGGCCGGCAAGCUGGGUGCCGCCAAGAAGCACCCCACCAUGGUGGCCUACCAGGGAGGAGGGGAGGAGAUGGCCAGCCCGGACCAGGUGGAUGACACCUGCCUGCAGGAGUUCUGGGAUAUGCUGUCACAGAAAGACGAGACUCAGGCAGAAGGAGGAGGAAGUGGAGGAGGGACAAAGAAGCCCGAGGAGUUGAAGGAAAACCGAGGUACCGAAGGGGCCCAGAAUAGGGUGGUGGUGAAGCGUGGUGACCUCCACCAGAUUGCCAUACACGUCAACCACAAAGAGGAGCAGAAGGGGAGAGAGAAGGAGCAACACGAAGGCAUCCCAAACAGUGACGAGGGCUACUGGGAUUCCACCACCCCUGGUCCCGAGGAAGAUGGUUCCACAAGCAUCCAGAAGGAAACCAUUCCCAGGGACAGCUACAGUGGGGAUGCUCUCUAUGACCUCUAUGCCGAGCCGGAUGAGAACCCACCAGUGGGGCCUACCAACGAAGAAGUCACCAGCGUGCCACGCUCCAAACCCGUGUCGCCGAUAACAACCACGAGCUCACUGAAAACACCCUCAAGCACAGCGAAGGACUCCAAGAUACCCAUCAGCAUUAAACACCUCUCCUCGCAUCCUGCCAGCCAUGGAGCAGACGCCAGUAACAGCCAUCACGUGGCACACCAUCACCUGGCCAAGAGCGAGAUGCACAGAACAAAAAUCCCUGUCUCUAAAGUACUGGUACGCCGGGUCAGUAACAGGGGUGUAGCAGGGACAACAGUGAAAGCUGCCACGUACCAGGACAGUGCCAAAAAGUAGUUGUGUAAGAGGUGGAGACAAAGACAGACAACGAGGUCAAUAUGUGAAAGUCUGCAUACGGGACCACAGAUAAUGAAUUAGUUUUGCGUCACCUGAAGAAAGGCACCUAAAAGGCUUCCUUCACUGUACUCCGUGGGCCUGCACUUCUGAAUCUCUUCUUACUGGACUGUUUGGCUGAAUAUAAAAAGUCGACUUCUUUUUGAGCACUUUUUUUUACAUUUGUAUCUUUUUUCUGCAACACUAAACUCUGGGGAGGUUCAUUUUUACACACCUUUCUGGAUGUAGGACUUGGAUUAUGAGCCCAAAUGACCAUCCUUCCUCAUGCAAAGCAGUAUCAUGAGUUCUUCAAAGGAACAAAGUUACAAAAAGGAGCAACAUGAGAGGUUCUUCAAUACACUUAUCUUUUAAUCAUUUCUGGGGGAGGAGUGAAGGGUGGGUGCCUGGCUCUGAAAAUGAUGUUUGCUCUACCAGAUGUUGGAAAAAAAUGCCAAGCAAAAAACAACCAACCUAACAGGUAUUUUACCUGCUGUAGGAACGAGAGCACUGCUCAGCAGCAGACUUGAUUGACUUGUGUGCAGGAGCUAACUAAGGAGUUAGGUGGACUUGUCUAACAGGAAAACGUAUUUUUGUUUGUCUGUCUCUCUGGUUGGUUUUGAUCUGGUCUAAUGUAAAUGGGUAACAGACACACCUGACAUAGAUUCAGAUGUUUACAUCAAUACUUGUCAGAUAAUGCAUACAAUCAGGUUCAGGGAAACAUUUUACUAAAUGCCAAUAUAUACACACUGUCCACAUUUAUACAAUAACUUUCACCAUGUGUAAAUAUAUACAUGUUUUAGCAGAUUUACUCAAUGCUACAGAUUUUUUAUGGAAAAAAAAAGUCACCCGUCCUUAUUAUCUAGAGUUUAAGCAAAAGUUAGUUUUUAUAGGUAGAUAAUUUUACAGUUCUAAAAUGAUAGAACUUUGUGUAAGUACCUUAAAUUAGAGCAAAACUCUGGUUUGUAUGGGCUCAUGCAUCCCCAGAUAAGUAAGUCUGAAGUGCUGAUUUUAUCCUAGUGGCACAUUCCAUGGCUCAGAGCUGAGGUUCUGACAGCACUGCCACUGCAAACCUCUAUUUUCAGGGGUUUAGACACAGUUGCUCUGGGCUUAAACCUUACAGAGAAGGAACCCAGCAAAGAAAUGUGUUUUUUAAGUAUUAUUUUUUAAAAUAUAUAAAAUUAGUUUUUGACUAUUUAAAGAAAGUUUGGGUUCUUGUUGCUUUUUAUUUUCAUUCUUAAUAAUGUCAGAAUAAUUUUACUUUAAGAAAGAGAAAGAAAAUAUGGUAAGCUAGUGGUGCAUAAAAUGGUCUGAUGAGCUUGUAUCUUAUGAGAAAUGUAUUAAUGGCCAGGACAUUUUUAAAUAGUGGCUACUGUACAUGGGCAUUGGCAACAUUUUAAAGAAAUUUAAUAGGGUUUUAAUGUGCCUGAGGACAUAUUUUUAUGAUACACUGAAAAAGCUCCAAAAUUCACUGAAGUUUAAAGGUAAAUGUUAUGUAUUUACAAAAUAUUUUGAUAUACAUAUUUAAUCAUCAGACCACAUUUAAUAUAAAAUAUAUACUCCAGUGUAUCUAAAAAAUAAUAUACAUUUUAAAAAUAUACAUGUCUAUAUUAUGCAGAGAAUCCUAAAUUCACAUCACUGAAGCUAAUGGGUCUGAUCUUACAUAGCAGUUGGUUUUAUUGUCUCUAAAAUCAAAAGAAAAAAGGAAAAUAAAUAUACAGAAUAUACAUUUGAAGGAUAUUAAGGUUAUAGCCAAACCAUAAAAAGCCAGGAUAUACCAUAGUAAGAAUUGUAUAUAUGUAUAUGUGUGGUUCAUGGUUCACUGGGGAAAUGACCUUAGAGUCACAAAGGUAAAAUUGGCAUCUAGUCCUGAAAUUGCUGCAGGAUUUAAUACCGAGUUGCAACACGCCAGUGAAAGUGUUAGUUUUUCCUGACCAGUCCCUGUUUUCAUGGUUUGAGAAAGAACCUUAAUACACUUCAAGGAAGAUUAUUUUAUAUGCUUUCUUUCUUAUGUGUACGUGUGUGGUUUCCUCUCUGCCUCCCCACGCAGUCGUGUUGUACAUAUGCAUGUGUAGUCACACGCACCUCCUCCCAGGGUAUGUGCACCAUGCUCAUGUGAGCACAGCCAUGCGUGCCCGCUCCCACGCACAGGCUCAGGGGAUCUGCCUCCAAACGUGCUGGCGAUGGUUUCCUUCGCCUGAGAAAGGGAUUUGCAUUUGGCCUGACUCUGCUUGUGCAUUUUAGAAAGUUAAAGCUGAAAUACCCUCAAAAGGACGUAUGUACAGAACAUGGAAUAUUAUCCCGCUCCUCAGCCCUAAAUCUAACAUUCCUUUUUCUGUUCUUUUGUUUUUGCUCGACUGUAAGGGACACAUCUUUCCUUGCAUGACAACUCUGCGGAAAAAUCCUAGUUCCCCAUUUUGUUCUAAGGACAAAUUGUGCUGAAAGAUUCUAUUGGGUACUGGAAGUUGAGAGGGAGGGAGGAUGUGGGGGUAGUACCAUAAAAAUUGGAAGCAGUGAGUACAGGUAGUAGGAGUGGUGCAUCUUUAAAACCACUAGGAGAUACCAGCUGUCGUCUGUACAGGACUUGUGUGUGGCAAAUUAUUCAUCAUAUAUGUUUUUUGUUCGCGUUGUGGCAUGUCUGUAUUGAGAAACCAAUAUGACACUAGACUAACUCCCUCUCACGGAACCAUUAACACGAACCAUCAUUAAAAUGCUUUGUCUUCCCUUCAUUUUUCUCUCUCUCCUUUGUUUUCUGCCAUGUUUUUCCUCCAUCCUCUGCAUGCUGGUGGGCGGCUUCCCCCCACGGUGCUAACCCCUGGAGCAAGGAGCCCUGGGCUGGCAGUCGAGCGUGGGUGGGAGGGCGGCCGCCCUGCCUGCCGAUGCCAGGUGCUCCCCAGUCGCUCUCUCAAGCUUUCUAUUGCAUACCCAGUGUAAGUACAUUUUGCAAAUCUCUUGGUGGUUUGUUUGGCUGCUUGCUAUGUACAUAUUUUAAGGACAAUCAUAUCCUUAAAAGGAAAACAGGAAAGUAGCUGGUAGUAGAGCGUCAGUAUUUUGAAUCAUUGUGGCAUACUGACGUUUGAUUCAGGGUAAUGGUUAUGUGAGAGUAAAGACAAAAUUCAGUGUUGAAAUUAACUUUGUAUUUAUAAAAUUCACUUUUGUCUUUAAGCCAUCUAUGUUCUUUAUUUCAAAAGGUAAUAGAAAAUCUAAUAUUUACUAGGGCUUUCAAUUUUCACACAAAAAAUAUUUGUAUAACUCCACACAAUGCCUAAAACAAUCAUGGGAAGGAGGUUCAAAGGCUUUCUUUAGACCUGUAUUUAGUUCCUGAAAGAUCCCCGUAAAAUACUGUGAGAUGCCUAAGAACAAACAGUUAAUGGCUUCCUGGAUUUAAAGGCUGAGACAAAAAGAGGCAAUAGUCCUGAGGCAUUCUGUUGUGGCUUGCAUUCUUAUUUAUGUUACCCCGUUCAAGCAUAUAUUUUUCUUGGCUUUGGUAGGAAUUGAGGUAGAAAUGGUGUUCUGAGUCCCAAAGAUCACAUUCCCAAUGCUGUCGUUGUUUUGAUUUUCUUAAACAAUACUUUUUAAAAUUUGUUUUAUUUGUUAUUUGGUGGUCUGAAUGAUGCUUUGUAAUUAACAGCUGUAUGCCGUUCAUAAAGGAUUUUAUAGAUCAGGACUCAGUAUUUAGUUAUGUGUACUCUUUGCACUUUCAGGUCCCUAAUGGUAAAUUUUAUAUAUUCCUAGAGUUUUUCUAUAUAUUGCGUAGUGUUUUAUAGCUAGCUACAGUGAUUUCAGUGGUAUACAUUCCCGCCCUUUAUAUCAGCACAGAAGAUUUCCCUUCGGUAGCAUGAAAUGAUGUUUUUGUGGACUUCUUUUGUCAUGAUAGGAGCUAAGUUUCUGUACUAUAUGUGUGGCCUGCAACAGACAUAAAAGGUCUUAUUUUCCAUGUAGUGCAUAUGCAUUUUGCUCUUGCCAGUAAUAGGACUCAACUACAUAUAAUAGAUUUCAGAAGAAAUUCUAUGACUAAAAUAAGAAAAAUCUAUGUUCAGUCUUAUUCCAUCAAUCACCAGCAUUUUCUUCAUCCACUGUGAAUAUUCUCACUACCAUCAUUCAGGGUAGUAGAGGACUGGAUUUUAAAAAUUACACGCAUAGAUGUACACUAUGAAAAUUAAUUCACUGAUUAUUUUUUAAUGACUCUUACUAAAUUAUUUAUCUAAGCUAAGUGAAUAUUGCACCAAAGUCUUAAAACAUCUGAUACAGAUGGCAUUUUCAGUAAGAUGCUAUGAGUGCAGAUGAGCCAAAUUAACAGGCUUUGCUUAGCAAAGCAAAACCUUGUUGUUUCUUAAAUUUUUAGCACUGACUGAGCUUGCAGAUCAAAGGGAGCCAUUGAUUCUGCGGCAUGGCCAUGCACCGAGGUUUUUCUUUCCCUGCUCUAAUGGACUGCUUUCCGAAAAGGCUUUUGAGCAAGAUAAUGGUACAAAAGAGACAGAUCACAGUAACAAUAGCCACUUACAAGACAGAUGGUUAUCCAACAGCCACAACGGGGGACUCUAGGCAAGGUGGCCUGAAAAUGUGUUUUCAUAGCUACUGAUAUGAAAGGCUGAGGCUUCUGUCAUGGAAAAACAAACUGACACCAACUCAAAGACACUGCAGAAAUGCGUCUUGGCAGAGUUUACACUUGACAGCUUCUGCAGGGUUUGGUUUUGUGUUUUAUUUUGGCUUUUCCUUUUUUUUCACGCCUUUGUUUAUGCUCCCAUUAUAAUGACAUAACCCCACGUGUCCGAGCAGAACUGCACAACAAUUGACUCUUCUGAGAUUCAGUGCUGAAAAUACACUGUCAGCUGUCUUCAGUGGCCUGGGACUGGUUCCUGCUGAACAUCCCUCCCUUCCAUUGAGGGAUGGGAGGGAUGGGAUGACAGGAUUCUCUUGUCAUGAGUCCACGUGCUGUUUACUGUGAGCAGGAGGUAUCUCAAUCUGUCUUGCUGUUUGUGUUCAGGGGACAGUUUAUUUUUAAUUUGACUCACAGAAUUUUUUUAGCUCAUUAGUUCACAUCUUGUCUUCCUUGUGAGCAUCUCAGCUAGGAACAGUCAGCACUGAGUUGGUGUUUCCUACGUCCAUUUCAUGUAGAGAGAAAUGGAAGAACUUGUCAUAUGCAAAGGAAUAAUAGCUAUACCUACUUGAGCCACAUCGUGUGGGUCUUUAUUCCUGCAAAAGCAGGUUGUUAAAGCUCUUCUUGCCUUAGAAGACUUCUCCAUCCAAAACAGUGAAUACUAUUGCCUAGGACCCUUUUUUUCUUUUUUCCUUCUAUAUCUCUCUUUCCCUUUCAGCCAUACUACAGUUGCUUGGGAAACUGAGAUUUUUGAUCUAGCCUUCCAGCACUAGAAAAGAGGAGCUGCUGUCAGUGUGUUCUUCAGGAGAUCUUUGCUUCUACUUCUUGGUCUUGAAAAAAAAUUAAAUUCCCCUCAGAAUAAGCUGCAAAAAUAUUUAAAAUGGAGAUCUCUGCUGUGUGAUCUCAUACACAUGGGUGAGGAUGUUGAGUGAUAUUUUGCACAGCAUGGAAUGCAUCCCUCCACUUUCCUGUUGUGGACAAUUUAGCAAAUCUGUCAGGAAAGCAUGUCACUCUUGUAGGAAAGCCCAGGAACUGUUUGUUAUGGAGUCUGUGCCCGGAUUUUCUUUAUCUUUGAUAAGAACUGCUUUCCUUUUUCCUUUCUGUACAUACUUAAAUAAAUAGAGCCAAAGUUGUAGUGGAGAGAGGAAAAGGUUAUGUACCUCAUAGGGUAAGGAGAUUCAACUGCUAGUCUGAAAGGCUUCUUGUAGCAAUGGCUAAAAGAAGAAGAUUGCUUUAUCUACUUUGACAUCAGCUCCAAGCAAUGGUCUGCAAUAAAAGCUAAACCAGCUAUGGCCACAAAGUUAGAAAAUGGUCAUUUGCCAACAUGACAAUCUCAUUCCAAGGUCCAGUUCUGCUGUGGCAGAGCUUCCACUGACUCCAGUAAGAACUGGCAAAGGUCCUUAAUCUCUUAUCUUAAGGAAAUAGGAAGUGUUUCUUAAAUAAGUCUUCCUUUUUUCCCCCAAAUAUUAGCAUUAUUCAGGUGUUUGUGCAGUCUUUUAUAUUACUGUGGUAGUGUUUUCACUGAUCUGAAUGCAAAACAUGUCUGUCCAUUGUUUUUCCAUCUUAACAAGCUGCACUCCUGCACAUAAUUCCAGUGCUCAACAUGUUUAAAUUACAGCUAACACAAUCACUGGCUUCCUUAAUUUAACUCUUGAUGGCAAGAACAGGACCAGAUCCUUUCCACAGUUCUAAACCUCCUGCUUAUUUUGUUAUUGUUUGUGGUUUUGAUAUGGUAACUAAUGAAGCCUCCUAUUAACUAUUUCACAGCCACAUUUUUAAUAUAUGUUGUUAGGGGGACCAGUAUGUAGGGACGGAAUGGUAAGAUCUUUAACAGAUUUUUAUUAUUUUGGAUGAUGUUGCAUCAAAACAGUUGCUAAAUCGGUAUCGGGUUGUUUCCGUGGGCUUUUUAUGCAGAUGCAUUGGGAGCUUUGAACAUAAUGUGCUCAUAGAAGAAAAUUGGCUAAAUCUGCUUUGAAUUAAGCCUGUUCUUAAAAUAUUGGUUAAUGGCAGCAGACAGGAAGGUGUGUCCUAACUCACCUGCACCCUGGGGGACUGGGGGAGCAAGGCACCUCCAGUUACUGGGAGCAUUUGCUGUCUGACCCUGCCAUGUGGUCCCAGCAGAGAGGUGCAGGCUGUCACCAUGUGCAGGUGUCAGCCCAGCUGGACAACAACAGGAAAAGCCGGGGUGGUGGUACUGUGCUGGAGUGGGAGGGUUGAUAGAGUGUCUGCGAGAUGGAAUGAAAGCAAGGGCUGAACUUCUUGUCCUUGUGGAAAAAGAGAUUUAUACAUAUGCCUGUAAAAUCUGUGUCCUUUUUUUCUUGCGUUGGUGCUUGGAUUGCUGUGUUACACUGGGUUAGGAGUUGGUGUGAUUCUGCGUGUGCUGAAGCCAGUGCUCCUGCCAGUGGACUACAGUAUGACUGCUUUCAUCAACACCUGAGCAGUGCCCAGUGUUUUAGUUUCUAAAGAUAGUUUCAGCACAGAAAUGUCCACAAAUCCUCUGUAGCCCAGCACUGAUUCAUGGCAUCUCACUGCUCUUCCAUCCUCAUUUUUCCAGGAAGAUGUGAAGACCCAAGCCCUAGGCAGGGUGGGGAGCUCUGGCUGCACCCUUGCAGCCCAAGGACAAGUGGGGAGGGAGUGUGGCACACACAGUGCAGCAGCACUAUCAAGUACUAGGCACAUGGCUUGAUAAAAGCAACAUUAUCCUGCUUUUCGAAAGAGAGAGCAAGACUAAAGCUGUUCCUUUUUUUUUUUUUUUUUUUAAUUAAAGUAAAUCCUCUGCCAUGGGUGAAAUUGUAACAGUUAGACAAUAUCUUAUUCCACCAGUAUUCUCUCUGAAAUCAGUGGAUCUGUUAGCGGUGUCAGUUGUUAUUAAGGUUGAGUGAAAAUUCCAUAAUUUGAUCCCAUCUGAAUUUUCCUUGCUCUGCUAGUAGAAUCUGCCUCAGAAAAGUUCUAGUGUUGAAGCUUGUGGUCCUGUUGAAAUGGGGGAUGAGGUAUGAAUGUGGUUGGUGGAAAAUACAGAUUUGAUAAAUCCAGUGUUUCAUGACUUCAGUCUUUAAUGACUACCCAAUUCUGCUUAAAUGUCAUAGUAUGCAUGAGGAAAUGGUAGCAGGGACUGCUCCACACUGCAUGGGACAAACCAAUGCUCUUGGUGUUUCCUACGUGCUGAAAGGGACGUAUGUGUCCUGUUAGAAGUCACUUAGCCUGUUUCUAUAAGACGUGUUAUAGCUGACAGAUCACUGUUAAUUACAAUUUUCCCUCGUAUUUUGUGUCAGCCACCCCCAGUAAGGUAGCAUAUGACCUAUUCAAGGUAAUGAGUGAGUAAAGCCAGAACUCUCCUCUCCUCUUAUCUAAAAGGUUUGGUAAUAAUCUGGCUAGUCUGUGUGCACCAACUUUUUCUUAGUGAAAGCUUACAACAUUCCGGGGGGGGGUGUUUUUAUAACAGAGACUGUUAGACACACUCUGCUCCUUUCCACUUCUACAAACUUUGAUGAGUAUGUGUCUCCUCGAAUCACUGUAUUCUUAAUGUAUUUACAACUUAACUGAUAGCAAUAGAUGUCUUUCUUCCCUGGCAGUUCACAAGGAUAUACUAAUCAGUGUUUACUAUAUUUUUAAUUCUGUAAAUAUUUAUUUUGGUACUCUGUGUAUUUAUUGGCACUGAUUCUGGUGUUUGCUUAUGUGUCAUUGUAAAUGUUGAUGGUUUCAAUAGUCUUGCUUCUAAUGAAUGUAAGGAACUCAGACUAACUGCACUUUUCUUCCAUUCAAAAAUCUUAACAGUGAAAAAUAUUCCCACUGUCAUGUGUUAUAAUGAAUACAGUUAAUAAAACCAGUUGUCACUUUUCAUUGAUGAA